CGAGGCUGCGCGGGCCGAUUCCAGGGCUACGCCAGCCGCGGCGAUGGGGGCGGUGGGCGGAGGGCUGGUGGACUGCCACUGCCACCUUUCCGCCCCGGAUUUCGACCGCGAUCUGGAUGACGUGUUGGAGAAAGCCAAGAAAGCCAAUGUUACGGCUCUUGUGGUGGUCGCUGAACAUUCAGGAGAAUUUGAAAAGAUUAUGCAGCUUUCAGAAAGGUAUAACGGGUUUGUCCUGCCAUGCUUGGGUGUUCAUCCAGUUCAAGGACUUUUACCUGAAGACCAAAGAAGUGUCACAUUAAAGGAUUUGGAUGUAGCUUUGCCCAUUAUCGAGAAUUAUAAGGAUCGAUUAUUGGCAAUUGGAGAGGUGGGACUGGAUUUCUCCCCCAGAUUUGCUCGCACUGAUGAACAAAAGGAAGAGCAGAGACAAGUCCUCAUCAGACAGAUCCAGUUAGCCAAGAGACUAGAUUUGCCUUUAAAUGUUCACUCACGUUCCGCUGGGAGACCCACCAUCAGCCUCUUAAAUGAGCAAGGUGCUGACAAAGUGCUGCUCCAUGCAUUUGACGGUCGGCCAUCUGUAGCCAUGGAAGGAGUAAAAGCUGGGUACUUCUUCUCAAUCCCUCCUUCUAUCAUAAGAAGUGGACAGAAGCAGAAACUUGUGAAACAGUUGCCUUUAACCUCCAUUUGCCUGGAAACAGAUUCACCUGCACUAGGACCAGAAAAACAGGUACGGAAUGAACCCCAAAACAUUACCAUCUCAGCAGAAUAUAUUGCCCAGGUGAAAGGAAUCUCAGUGGAAGAAGUUAUGGAAGUGACAACACAGAAUGCAUUGAAAUUGUUCCCCAAGCUCCAGCACCUGCUCCAUAAAUAACUUCAAAGCCAAAUGAACUGAAGGGGGCAGCAUUUGAGAAAAAGAAAUGUUUUGGCCCUAGCUGGUUUGGCUCAGUGGAUAGGGUCGGCCUGCAGACGGAAGGGUUCAAUUCCUGUCAAGGGCCUUAUGCACGGGUUGCAGGCUUGAUCCCCAGUAGGGGGCGUGCAGGAGGCAGCCAAUCAAUGGUUCUUUCUCAUCAUUGAUGUUUCUAUCACUCUCCCCCUCUCCCUUCCUCUCUGAAAUCAAUAAAAUAUAUUUAAAAAAAUGUUCUGAUUAAUAGUCUGAACUGAAGAAACCAUUAUAUAGGGAUAAAGAAGAUUACCGGUAUAAUUUUAGAGAAAUAUUUGUCAUUUGUUAUUGUUAAUCCUCACCCAAGGAUAGUUUUCCAUUGAUCUUUAGAGAGAGUGGAAGGGAGAGGGAGAGACAGAAACAUCGAUGUGAGAGAGACACACUGAUUGGUUGCUUCCUGCAAUCUCCCCGGCCAGGGCUAGGGAUCGAGCCUGCAACCAUGCCCUUGACCAGAAUCAAACCCGAACCCUUCAGUCCACGAGCUGACCCUCUAUCCACUGAGCCAAACUGGUCAGAGCGAGAAAUAUUUGUCUCAGAAAUAAAACCGCACUUGGAACCUGAAACCAUGGGUUCUA